CCGUGUCCCUAAGACAUAGAAACUGCAAUCGUCCUGACUAGUCUGAGUACAGAAAUCUGGCUUUGGCUUAGUCUCCAAGGAGUUUUAUAGUAGCAUACCACUUCCUGUGAAGGCAGAGGUUGUAAUGGCUGUGGCAAAGAUUUUGACCUACUAGAACUGCUCACUGUGAAAGUGGGCCUCCUUGUUCAGGGAGCAUCUGAAGGCCUUUGAUAAUGAAGUUAAUGCUUUCUUAGACAACAUGUUUGGACCACGAGAUUCUCGAGUGCGAGGCUGGUUCCUGCUGGACUCGUACCUCCCAACCUUCAUUCUCACCGUCACGUACCUGCUCUCGAUAUGGCUGGGUAACAGAUACAUGAAGAACAGGCCGGCUCUUUCUCUCAGGGGAAUCCUCACCUUGUAUAACCUGGGAAUCACACUUCUUUCUGCAUAUAUGCUGGUGGAGCUCAUCCUCUCCAGCUGGGAAGGAGGCUACAACCUGCAGUGUCAGAAUCUGGACAGUGCGGGAGAAGGAGAUAUCCGGGUAGCCAAGGUCUUGUGGUGGUACUACUUCUCCAAACUGGUGGAGUUCCUGGACACGAUUUUCUUUGUUCUUCGAAAGAAGACCAGUCAGAUCACCUUCCUUCAUGUCUAUCACCAUGCCUCAAUGUUUAACAUCUGGUGGUGUGUUCUGAACUGGAUACCUUGUGGCCAAAGCUUCUUUGGACCAACCCUGAACAGUUUUAUUCAUAUUCUCAUGUACUCCUACUACGGACUCUCUGUGUUCCCGUCCAUGCACAAGUACCUUUGGUGGAAGAAAUACCUCACCCAGGCUCAGCUGGUGCAGUUUGUGCUGACCAUCACACACACCCUCAGUGCCGUGGUAAAGCCCUGUGGCUUCCCCUUCGGCUGUCUCAUCUUCCAGUCUUCCUACAUGAUGACACUGGUUAUCCUGUUUCUAAACUUCUAUGUCCAGACAUACCGAAAAAAGCCAGCGAAGAAAGAGAUGCAAGAGCCACCUGCGGGGAAAGAGCUGAAGAAUGGUCUGCCCAAAGCCCACUUGGCUGUAGCUAACGGUGUGACAAACAAGAAGGUGCAAUGAGUGGAGUACUGCUGGGAGGAGCAUCCCAACGCAGCAGCCCAACAGACGAGCUUGUUUUAAAGCCAAGACUGAAUUGAAAGUUGUAUGUUUUAGCAUAAACUAAUUCCUUUUGAGUUUGUAAAUCAUUCGUACCCAGAAUGUAUUCUAAUAUAUUGCUAUUAGGUUACUCUAUUAACUGAAGCGAUGCCGACCUCUCCAAACCUCAGAACAGGUGCAGCGCCCCUUUCUCCUGAACUCUUGGUAAUGCCUUAUUCAUGCAGAAAACCAGGAGGCAUGGGCUUUGUUUCUCAUGGCAAGCCUUCAGAGUUAAUUUUCUUUAGAUUAAAUGUGUAAAAUAAAACGUUAAUUAUAUUGUAAAUGUCAGGGUCUGCUCUAGUCCAUGUCAAGCAAUAACUGUCAGUGCAUAAAUCGAUGAUUAGUCUACUUGCUCCUUAAGGUAUCCACCCUAGGAAGCGUUUAGAUGGGAUCCUUAACAAAAGACAGAAUCUGGCAUCACCUCUCCCUCUCUCAAGCCAGGGAGGCAGCUACAUUUUUAACCACUCUGAUUCUAAAUUUAGUGACCUAGUAAUGAGAUUCAUUUUCCUUCAACACAGUUUGAAGAUUAGUCAUUCUAUGAACGAACCACUUCUUGAGCUGGGUAUGGUGUCAUACACCUGCGAUCCCAAGUGUCUGGGUAUCGAGACACCCUGGGCAACAUGGGCACAAGACGACCUUGUCUCAACCAGAAAACAAUUCCUUUGCCAAAUCAUCAUAACUCAGGGGCUUUGGGCAGGAGCUGUCCCUCCAUUUCAAUUGGCUUCCUUACUUAUACAUUCCUGUCUACCUCCCUUGCUGGUCUGGAUUCAGAGAGUCACAUUCUCCACAUCAAAAGCUGGGUCUACACAUAGCUGCCAUGCCUUUUCUGAACAAAGGCUGGAGUCCAGUUGCAGUUCUCCUUAGCACAGAAAUGAGACUGGAAUACUUGUAAAUCAUAAUCAACAGAGCCAGGGACAAAACAGACAUCACAUUAGUCAGCUGUUGCUUCUGAGCCUACUCAUAUCAGCCCAAGUAGUUGCUAUCAAUCUUCAUAAGUUUACUUUUCAGAAAGCAGAAAAGGAUGCGGUCAUUUGGAAAGAUAUCGUGGGCUGGAAAUGAGCCACAGUAGAGUGCAUCUGGACGUUUCCCAAAACUCACACAAAACAUGACUAAUUUUGACUACGUUUCCUCCAUUUUAGCAAAUAUGUACCUGGGUCGUGGCUCUGGCAUCCAGCACAUGGUAGGCUUUUCUUACGUGCCAACAGUGGUGCUGCCCACCCCUGUCUUCCCUUUCUGGGCAAGCUCCCACUUUACUUUUCCCUGUUAAAAAAUUGUACUGACUUUUUAAACUCUGAGUAUUCCACCCUUCUCAGUGUAUUUGGACAAGCACUGAAGUCCUUGUGUCCUGUGCUGUCCCACACUGUCACUCCAGUUGGACAAGCUCCCCCUGUCUGCAGACCACCUACUCUUCAAUGUGUUUGCUAAAUUAUUUUCUUAAACUGAUCUGCUCCCAGGUGCUUCACCACCAUCUCCAGUGACUCAGACUCAAGCUAGUAUGUUAUUCUUUCCUAAGCAUUUGUUUUAAGGGCUAGCUCUGAGUAUGUUAUUGUUCUUCUAUGACAAGACACAAGUUGGCCAAAGGAGCGAACUCCUUGGUGAAACUGGAGUUCAGUUUUAGUUCUCAAACAUGACCUGAAAUCUGUUACUGAAGGGAAUUCUGGGUAAAAAUGAGACAGAUGAGGCAUCGCUGGUCCUUGACCCACGUUACUCUUACUUUAUCUAUGAGGCACUGAGGUCUACAGAGCAUCAUGCCUGCAGCUGGGAUGUUUGUGUGACCUCACAUCUGUAGAACACAGAGGACAUCAUCUUUGUAUAGCAGUUCAGUAAUGGCAGCUCAAAGUACCAGCCAGCUUAACCCUCCCAGAGCAAGCUCAGUACAACACUAAGCCUUAACCCACUCAAGGGCCAAGAAGACAUACAGAGCUAUGAAACCUGAGCUGAAAAAUGGGAUCUGGUAAACAUUUUAACCCAUUUAUUCUUAGUGUGAAUUUUCUAAAAUAGAAGUAUAAAAAAAUGUCUAUCUCUAUAACCUGAUAAAACAGUUUCCCAAGUAAAUUCCCUUUUAUUCAUGAGAACAGAAAUACUUGGGUACUAUAAAACCUUAAUAUAAAACCUUAAUUUCCCCAGCUUUUAAAAUAAAAUGGAGUAUUUGCUGAAUGUAAUUAAGCAUAGAAAAUGUCAACCCGUCAGAAUUAUAUUUAUACAUAUUGGUGGAUAAGUUCCUGUCUUCCCACAUCAGAGAAUUAUUAUUUUUUUACCAAAUGGGCAGAAUAGAUUUUGUAUGUUAGAGACCAUUCUACUCUAGUCCUUCCCAACAUUCCUGUGUCAUUUAAGAACGUUGGUAGAGGUCACCUCUUUGGAAAUGGAGGGUUUUACUUUUUGUUUUCCUUUGACAGUACUGCAUCUAAAGAACACAGUAUCAUGACUGGGGUGAAAGGGAGGCAGAAGCCAUUUUUCUUUUAGAUAAAAAGCAUUCUGUGUGAUUGUUG